CAUGUUGAUACUGGUGGAGCAGCGGUUCACGGGGUCCUGGUCGGUGUGGUCCUGCGCUACGGCAUCCACGUUCCCAGCGACGUCAACAACGUGACCCUGAGCUGCCAAGUGCAGACCAGUCCCGCCACGCUGCUGGUGAACGUCAGCGGGAAGUACUACGAGUACACCCUGAAGGGAGAGAUCAGUGCCCAGGAGCUCAAUAACGUCCAGGAUAAUGAGAUGCUGAGAAAGGUGACUUUUGAUCCUGAGGUAUUUUUCAACAUUUUGCUUCCUCCAAUUAUAUUUUAUGCAGGCUACAGCUUGAAAAGGAGGCACUUCUUCAGAAACUUGGGAUCCAUCCUAGCAUACGCUUUUCUCGGCACUGCAAUUUCCUGCCUGGUGAUUGGCUCUGUCGUGUAUGGCUGUGUGGCGCUGAUGAAAGUCACUGGGCAGCUGGGGGGAGACUUCUACUUCACUGACUGCCUUCUGUUCGGUGCCAUCGUGUCGGCUACUGACCCAGUGACUGUUCUUGCCAUAUUCCAUGAACUCCAGGUUGAUGUUGAGCUGUAUGCCCUUCUCUUUGGCGAAAGCGUCCUCAAUGAUGCCGUUGCCAUAGUGCUGUCUUCUUCCAUUGUUGCGUACCAGCCGGCAGGCGACAACAGCCACACGUUUGAUGUCACAGCAAUGUUCAAGUCCAUUGGGAUCUUCCUGGGGAUAUUCAGUGGAUCUUUUGCAAUGGGAGCAGCUACUGGAGUUGUGACAGCUUUAGUCACCAAAUUCACCAAACUUCGGGAGUUCCCGUUGCUGGAGACCGGCUUGUUCUUCUUGAUGUCCUGGAGCACGUUCCUGCUGGCCGAAGCAUGUGGCUUUACAGGUGUGGUGGCUGUGCUCUUCUGCGGGAUCACGCAGGCCCAUUAUACCUAUAACAACUUAUCUACAGAGUCCCAACACAGAACUAAGCAGUUGUUUGAGCUUCUGAAUUUCUUGGCAGAAAACUUCAUCUUCUCCUACAUGGGACUUGCACUGUUCACCUUCCAGAACCAUGUCUUUAACCCUACCUUCGUGGUGGGGGCUUUCCUUGCUAUCUUCCUAGGAAGAGCUGCCAAUAUUUAUCCACUGUCAUUUUUACUGAAUUUGGGGAGAAGAAAUAAGAUCGGAACAAAUUUACAGCAUAUGAUGAUGUUUGCUGGGCUGCGAGGAGCCAUGGCGUUCGCCUUGGCCAUCCGAGACACGGCCACGUACGCCCGGCAGAUGAUGUUCAGCACGACGCUUCUCAUCGUCUUCUUCACGGUGUGGGUUUUCGGCGGGGGCACCACGGCCAUGCUGUCCUGCCUGAAUAUCCGAGUUGGUGUGGACGCGGAUCAGGAGAACGUGGGCGUCCCGGAGAGCGAGAGGAGGAGUACGAAGGCAGAAAGCGCCUGGCUUUUCCGCAUGUGGUACAACUUCGAUCACAACUAUCUAAAGCCUUUGCUGACACAUAGCGGUCCUCCACUGACGACCACGCUCCCGGGGUGCUGCGGGCCUAUUGCCCGGUGCCUGACGAGUCCGCAGGCGUAUGAGAAUCAAGAGCAGCUGAAGGACGAUGACUCUGACCUCAUUCUGAACGACGGGGACAUCAGUCUGACCUACGGGGAUUCCACCGUCAACACCGACUCUGUUGCAUCCAGCGGUACGUCGCGGCGGUUCGUGGGAAACAGCUCUGAAGACGCUCUCGAUCGGGAGCUCGCUUUUGGGGACCAUGAACUCGUAAUCCGGGGAACGCGCCUGGUCCUUCCCAUGGACGAUUCGGAGCCACCGUCAAACGUCCUGGAUAACGCAAGACAUGGUCCAGCAUAAGGUUGCUCAGUUUAAUUGACAGUAAUAUUUGCAUAUAUGAUCAAGAAAUAUGUACUACCUAAAGUCUAAUGCAUGUCUGAAAAUGUCUAAGCUGUAUAAAUAUUAUUUAUAUGGUGUCAGAAGAAUAUAAAUAUUCUCUGCCAAGCACUUGUAAAGAACAAGCUGCAAAUUUAAGUUAAAAACU